CAUUUACAGUCAUCGCUUCACAUUUUCUAAUCAAUUCACAAGCAGCUUAGAGAGAGAGAGAGAGCCAAAAUGAAACACAUUUUCAAGAAGCUUCAUCACCACCCGAAUCGUUCCAACGAGACCCCUCAACAACCGCCACCACCUCAGUCGCCGCCCAUCUCCGAUAAUCGCGCUGCCUCCUCUUCUCCCGUCGCCGCUUCAUCCACCAGCACCCCCGCCGUCUCAGCUGCUCCCAGUAGCGGUGCUGCUGCCACCGAGGGUAAUAAUAGCCUGCAGCACCACACACAGCAGGAUUAUUAUGCCUCCGAGGAGGAGUACCAGGUCCAAUUGGCGCUAGCUCUGAGCGUGUCGUCGUCUGGCCAGGACUCGGCCCUAAUUGACCCAGAAAAAGCCCCGAUCCGCACCACGGAUAACGGCGAGGCUGCUGCGGAUUUGUUGUCCCGCCGCUACUGGAAUUUUGGUGUCCUCGACUUUGAGGAGAGAGUGGUGGAUGGGUUCUAUGAUGUAUAUAAUCUAUCUUCUGAUCCAGCAUCUCGAGGGAACAUGCCUUCUCUUACAGAUCUUGAAAGCGAUACUGGGGCCUCUGAUUAUGAGGUUGUCAUUGUAAACAGAAAAAUAGACCCAGCUUUGGAGGAGCUGAUGCAGAUAGCACACUGCAUUGAAUUAGACUGCCCUACAUCUGAGAUCAAUCUGCUCAUACAGAGACUGGCUGAACUUGUUACAGAACAUUUAGGUGGUCCUGUACGUGAUGCGAAUGUCAUUUUGGCUAAAUGGAUUGAAAGAAGUAUGAAGUUGAGAACAUCUCUCCACACCAGUGUGCUGCCUAUUGGAUCCUUAAGAAUUGGCCUUUCACGUCACCGAGCAUUGCUUUUCAAGGCGUUAGCUGAUAGUGUUGGAAUACCUUGCAGAUUAGUGAAGGGUAGUCAUUACACUGGUGUUGAGGAUGAUGCUGUUAACAUCAUAAAGCUACAUGAUGAUAGUGAGUGCUUGGUUGAUCUCAUGGGAGCUCCUGGGACACUAAUCCCUGCCGAUGCUCUUAGUGGAAGGGAUACUCCUUUGAAGCCAUACAGUACACAGUCAAGUAGGCUUCCCAGUUCAGACCCUAGAGUUUCAUCAACUCAGCCUGGUUAUUUGGGUGGAUAUAAUUUGCCUUUGGGUGCUACAUACUGGAAGCCAGAAGCACUUCUUACAGAUGCUAGUGUUAAUGAUGGAGUAGGGACUUCUGGACUUCAUGACAAUGUACCUUCUGCUAAUCAGUCGGGCCAUGGUGUGUCUCAGGGAAUUGGAAGUUCACUAUAUAAAGGGGGCCGUGGACCAAACUUAAUUAGUGAUGGUGCCAGGAUAAAUUUAAAUGUGGUUCCAUACAGCCCAAAAACCACUGAAGACCCAAAAAAUCUUUUUGCUGAUCUGAAUCCCUUCCUAUUAAAAGGAUCUGGCAAAACAGUUGUACAGAAUGAUAUUUCAAAUGAAGCUGGAAAAAUGCAAUUUUCAAAGAAUAAUCUUAUCAGUGGCCGCCCUCCUUCACCCUUGAUGUGGAAAAAUCGUCAUGCGUGGAAUGACGUUCCUAAAGAAAACGAAUCUGGUUUUCCAGAAGGAUCAUCUGGGAAGAACAAUGCAGGAACUAAGAAAGGAAAUGCACCAUCAGUCCUUUCCACAAGUUCAAAACCACCAGCCAAAGCCUCUAAGUUUCCUGAAAAAUCCUUAAUUGAUUCUGCAGAUAGACGUGACGAUACAUAUAAUAACAACUUUAUGUCAGCAUCUGGUGAAAGUGGACAUGGUCAAUUGCCUCCAGGGAAAGAUUCUAGUUUGAAUAAUAGUGAAACAUAUCUCAGGGAGGAUAGGGACAUUGUUAAGAAUGAAGAGUCUAAAGUAGGAGACAGCGAGAGUGUCAUAACUAGGUUGCAUGGGGAAAAGAAAAUUUUGCCAGACAGGUUAAGCAUGGCAAAUAUGAAAAUGAAGGGAAAUGAAGGUUCUAGCAAUUCACUCAAUCUUGGUACUAAUCAUGCUGAUACAGAGAUUGAUGAUGUUGUUGAUUGUGAAAUCGUCUGGGAAGAUCUUGUCCUGGGUGAAAGGAUUGGACUAGGUUCCUAUGGAGAGGUCUACCAUGCUGAUUGGAAUGGCACUGAAGUUGCUGUGAAGAAGUUUCUUGACCAAGAUUUCUCAGGUGCCGCCUUGGACGAGUUCAAGAGAGAAGUACGGAUAAUGCGUAGGUUACGCCAUCCAAACGUAGUUCUUUUUAUGGGGGCAGUGACUCGCCCACCAAACCUUUCCAUCAUUACUGAGUUUCUGCCUCGUGGAAGCUUGUACCGGAUCAUUCAUCGCCCUCAUUGUCAAAUUGAUGAAAAGAGGAGGAUUAAAAUGGCUCUGGAUGUGGCUAAAGGCAUGAACUGCUUACACACAAGUAUACCGACAAUAGUCCACCGCGAUUUAAAAUCUCCUAAUCUCUUAGUGGACAAUAACUGGAAUGUCAAGGUGGGUGAUUUCGGAUUGUCACGCUUGAAGCACAAUACAUUUUUGUCAUCUAAGUCUACUGCAGGAACGCCCGAGUGGAUGGCGCCAGAAGUUCUUCGAAAUGAGCCUUCAAAUGAAAAGUGUGAUGUAUAUAGCUUCGGUAUUAUUCUGUGGGAACUGGCAACACUCAAAUUGCCUUGGAGCGGAAUGAAUCCUAUGCAAGUUGUAGGUGCAGUAGGUUUCCAAAACCGUCGUCUCGACAUACCAAAAGAUGUUGAUCCCCUUGUUGGAAGGAUAAUAUGGGAAUGUUGGCAGACGGACCCGAAUUUGCGACCCUCUUUUGCCCAGCUGUGUGUGGCGCUAAAGCCUUUGCAGCGGCUUGUUGUUUCUUCACAUGUAGAGCAACCACAAGUAAAUUCUACACCUUAAGACUUUUUUUCAUUUGCACAAGUGUGAGUAUAGCAAAAUGAUGUGUCCAAGUGAAUGGGAUUUUGAUCUGUAAAUGUAUAUCUAUGAACAUGGUUGAAAGAGAGAAAAACAAAGAAUCCCAAGUGGAAAAUAAUCUGUAUUUGGGCUGGCAUUAUUGUAUAGUCGUCAGAUAUAUAAGUCUAGUCUUGCCCAAAGGCCUUGUAAUGUAUAUAUACCAUCUCUUGUUUCAGGCUACCUAUCAUUCAUCUUCUAUUUCUUGACA